AUUUCCCUCUAGGCCUCUACCUAUUUGCCACUCUGAAAAUCAUGGUUCCUGAAACAACAAAGCCAAGUCAUUCUUCUUCCUCUGUCGAAGACAAGCAUAAGCAACUUGAUCGCGGCGUCAGAGACAUGGUGAAUGCAAUAACAUCUCGCGUUUGCGAUCUUCACAAGCCCGGCGCAUUCCAGCAGCCCCAACAAGAGGAGCCAGAUGAACAUGGCAUACGAAUCAUCACACUUGCUGGAACAAACACCGGAGCCACAAUGCGAAGUGCGUUGGAUGAGAAAGCACCCAAUAAUGCUCCUCAAGGCGGAGUUUCGACUGGUGAGCCUGACGCAUUGGAUACUUAUGUCAAUAGCAAUUUCCAAGCGAUUAACAACUCUAUCAUGCUUGGAAGCAGCUACAACACCAAUGACCCCGGUGUUCAUUUGGACGUCUUUGAUGUAUUUGAACAUCGCGGCCAUAGACCAGAUAAACAUGCAAGUAAAGGUAAGAAAAAAGACAAAGAAGCCUUCAAAUCUGACAAACAAACCGAUCAUUCCGAUUGAGGUCGCAAUUAAUCAUGAAAUGCCUAGAGCUGUGUGGGAGACAUUAAGUUGAUAUAUACUUUAAUUACUUCAAAAAUUACUUACUACCAAACUCAAGUUAAUGCCAAAGUAAAGUCUGCAUCUUAAAGACAUGUUUUGAGUAUUUGAGAAUGAGAUAAAAUCCCACCAAAGUCAGGUUUGGUGAUUAUUUGAUGCGUGUGAAGUGUUCACCAUAAUUAAUUAUUUUUCCAUA